GGGUAGCUCUCCGGUGCUCGUUGCUCAGAGGCGUGUCCGUGACUCAUGCAUAUAACAGUGAGCCGGGCGGCGACAGGUUUCGGUUCUCCGGCUCUCCGCUCCGUCCGCAGCAACAGCAGGAUCUCCACCAUGGCCCAGUCCUCUUCAGAACAAGUGUUCAACAAGCCCAAGGUUGAGCUGCACGUACAUCUAGAUGGAGCCAUCAGGGUGGAGACUAUUCUUGAUAUUGCCAAGAGACGCGGCAUCCCUCUGAAAGCCAAAACGGCCAGCGAGUUGAAGCACAACAUUAUUCUCCAUGAGCCUGCCACGCUCACGGGAUUCUUGGAAAAAUUCAACGAGUACAUGCACGUGGUUGCUGGCGACAGAGAAGCCAUAAAGAGGAUCGCCUAUGAGUUUGUGGAGGACAAAGCCAAGGAAGGAGUCAUCUACGUCGAGGUCCGGUACAGCCCGCAUUUACUAGCUAACAGUGAAGUGGAGCCAAUUCCGUGGAACCAGAGCAAGGGUGACUUGAGUCCAGAUGAGGUGGUGCAUCUGGUGAACGAGGGCCUCAGCGAGGGGGAAAGGGCCUUCAGUACCAAAGCCAGGUCCAUUCUAUGCUGCAUGCGCCACAUGCCAAAUUGGUCCAUGGACAUCGUGGAGCUGUGUAAGAAAUACCGACAUCAUGGCGUGGUGGCCAUUGAUCUGGCGGGUGAUGAGUCACUCAACUGUGAAGCUUGCCCAAACCACCGGAGGGCGUAUGAGGAAGCGGUCCGCUGUGGGAUCCACAGAACCGUCCAUGCAGGAGAGGUGGGCCCGCCCUCGGUGGUGAGGGAGGCUGUAGAUGUUCUGAAAGCUGAACGUAUUGGACACGGCUACAGAACCCUAGAGGACCAAGAAAUGUACAAACGCCUGCUGGAUCAAAACAUGCACUUUGAGGUGUGUCCCAUUUCCAGUAAAUUCACCGGAGCCUGUGACCCAGACUUCAGCCAACACCCCUUGAUCACGUUCAUGAAGAGCAAGGCUAACUACUCCCUGAACACAGAUGACCCUCUGAUCUUCAACUCCACCCUGCACCUUGACUACAGCACAGCUCACAAAUACAUGGGCUUCACCGAGGAGGAAUUCAAGCGGCUGAACAUCAAAUCAGCAGAAUCGUCCUUCCUGCCUGAGACAGAGAAGAGCGAGCUUCUCAGCAGGCUGUACAAAGCCUAUGGGAUGGAGCAGAGCACCGCCUUUUAAGCCUGAGCCCAACAUCAGUGAAGAGGAAAGGGACUUCGCCCUGGAACCCAUCACACCCCCAUCCUGACCUCCUUCUGGCUCAUCAGAAGACAGUUUCAUGUUAUACAGAAUAUUCUGCUGCUUAUCAAGCGGCUGGGUUGCCCCAUGAUGCACAUGUUCAUCAUUUCAUCCUAAUGCUCCUUAUUUUUAAUUUUGGGGACAGAACGUUCCUCUGAACACGUCCAUCCCUGUUUUAUGGUUUCUAGUGAAGCCAGUUUCAUUAGAGCAGCACUUUUUGACACACACACACUUUAAACACACCAUUCAAAACUCCUAAAGGUGGAGUCCAACACUAGGGUCAAAACGAAAGCCAAGAGAUGAAGAUGGGACCAUGUGGACCACGUCUGAAGGGGAACACGAGGUUGAUGUUCGCUCUCCACAUGAAAACACCACAGACCAGUUGCAUACACUGCUGCAGUCAACCUCUCCUCCGCGUACGUUUCAUAUCCAAACUACUUCCUCUUUAUAAAUACUUCCCAUUGUGACGAAAUAGGUACAACAAAGUAGAAGAGCCACUUUUUAGCUGUGAUACGAAAAGAUCGUUCAUUUUAUUUGCUCGUUUUAGGUGUAGAAUAACAGCAGAUGGGGCUAAACCAAUCCACUCAUGGGAUGGUAUCUAUGGAAACGUUGUAAACAAGGUCUCACCUGUUCAGUUGAUUAUCAGUUGAAUAACCUCAGCUUAAAGAAACGGAGAUUAGUGGUGAUAAAACGGACGAGCUAAGGGCUAGUCCGAGGAGAUCCAAUCUAAAACCUGUCUCAGCUUUUUCAUCACAUGAAUCUGGUGUUUAUUUUUAUAGAGCACCACUAGAAUCCCCAUUAAAUGUUAGGUUCGUGUCAACAAAAGCUUUAUGAAAUACAUUUUAUGUAAACCACCUUGAAUUUUGAAAGCGGAGUCCUUUUACCACUCUUAGUUCAUCUGUUCAGUCAGAACAUUUACAUUUACUGAGCCAGGUGAGAUAUUACUGGUUUAUAAUAUUUUCACGGAAGCCCAAAGUUGUUAGAAAGAAGUGAAAAUGUUCUUCAGCAUCAGACCCAGAAUGACAGACGGGCAACCACGUUAUGUUCGAAGAAGGAAGCAGACCAUCAGUAGCGAUGGCUGAAAUCAUCUCUCUGCAGGACCUUUACACAAAGAAAGUGUCUUCUUUUCUAUUUAUUUAAACGUGAAGAUAUGAAGGAAAAGUCACUGUCAGAAGUUCAUUCUUCCACAUUUAAAAUGUAAGCCUUUUAAAUUGCAUUAAGAUGUGUUCGUAUGUGUGGAGCAUAUGUGAGGCUGGCUGCUGGUGAAAUGAAUGCGUGAUUUUUGUGUGAAAGCAGCGUUUAUGCAUCAGGCUCCGGGACAUCAGGGAAAACAGCUUGAAACCAAAGGUGUAGUCUUACAUGUGGCCACUAGGUGGCACUAGAACAUCUCCUUGCUGGAGAACUCAGGGCCAAUCUGGCAGGUUUUAAUUAGAUGGUUACUCAUUUUAUUGCAAUGUAAAUAUGUAUUUAAUACAUCAUUGCAUUUACUAAAAAGCACUUAGAAAAAUGAUUCGACUUGAAUAAAAGCUGCUAUAAAAUGUUUGUUUCAGUCAUUGUCCACAACAACAGAAACGUUGUGUUUUCUGUUAGAAUAAAGAAAGCCCUGCAGCUUUAAAA